AUGUUCCUUCUAUUAGCCGGAACGAUCCUUCUCGGCCUCCUCGCCUACUACAUCUGGUGGGCGAACGAUCGAAGAUCCUACUGGGAUCGCAAAAACAUCCCCAAUAUCCCCUCUAAACUCUUCUUCGGCCACAUCUGGACCACCAGCAACCCGAAAACUGCCUGGACUACGAAGCUGCCUAUUUACACAAAGAAAUUCGGCAAGUUCUGGGGCUACCAAGAUGGUGUCAAGAACAUUUUGGUAACUGCCGACCUCAAGACGGCCAAGGAGGUGUUGGUCACCAGAUUCGACGAGUUUCAGCAACGAAAGGCAUUCCCUGUGAUCCAGCCGAGCGGGGAUGACCCGAGGGCGCACUUGGCGCAGGCGUGGGGCGCUAGGUGGAAGCGGAUGCGCUCGCUGGUUUCUCCGCAGUUUUCUAACAACAAUUUGAAGCGGGUCUUCCCUCCGCUUGCCGAUUCCGCAAAGCACCUCCUCUUGCAUAUGGAAAAGAAGAAUGGGGAAGAUAUUGAUAUUCACAAGUACUACCAGGAAUACACAAUGGACUGCAUCGCCCGCAUCGCCAUGGGCCAAAAGGAGUCGACGCAAUGGGCCGGGAAUUACAUAGCGCUACUACGAGCGGUCUUUGCUCGCGACCCGCGAGAUCCUUUCUAUGUCGUGGCAGCUGCGAUGCCGUGGUUUAACAAUAUCAUCCGAAAAAUGUUCUUCGCCUUUUCCCUGUUCACCAACAUCGCCCCGCUGAAGCUGAUCUUGAAAAUGCACAGCUUGGUGUCGGAGCGAAAGAAGGAGAGGGCCGAAGAGGCCAAAAACCCGUCAAAAGUCACAAAAGACCACAUCGACUUUAUCGACCUAUUCCUCGACGCUGAAGCCACGGUGGAUUUAGCGGCGGAAUUGCACACAGAUCGAAAGGACGCGAACCUCAAGCAAAUGACGGAGCAAGAGGUGGCGAUGAAUUGCUUUCUGUUCUUGGCUGCCGGUUUUGAUACCACCUCAAAUUCGUUGUCCUACUGCAGCUGGUAUUUGGCGAAAAAUCCGGAGGUUCAACGAAACCUGCAAGAUGAAAUCGAACAAAUUUGUGGGACCGAGGACAUCACCUACGAAAACCUGAACGAGCUCAAAUACCUUGACAUGGUCGUUAAAGAGGCACUCAGACUUCAUCCCCUCGGAGCUUCGGUUGUGUGCCGACGCGCCGGCCAUGAUCUGGAGGUGGCUGGAAUCAAAAUAGAGGAAGGUGAUGAAGUCCAGAUUGACGCUGACAGCAUCCAGAUGGACCCUGAAAUCUGGGGAUCGGAUGCGGCGGAGUUCAGGCCAGAGAGAUGGGAAGAGUUGAGUUCCGAGCAAAAAGAUGCCUUUCUCACUUUUGGAGCUGGGCCAAGGCAGUGCGUUGGAAUGCGGCUAGCCUAUAUAGAAGAAAAGCUGGCCCUGGCCAACGUCCUACGCGAAUUUACGCUUGUCGAAAGUACAAAUACGGAGAAAGUCCUCGAUCUCAAUGGUUUCCUCACCAUCUCACCUGUUUCUGUAACGGUCAAAGUCGAGAAGCGAACGAAU